GCUGGAUUCAGCUGGGCACAGAGCACAUGAAAUACUUCUCUGCUUCUGAGAAAAACACAGGGCGUCUGGCCCCAACUGCCCGGCCCCUCACGAUUCCUCAUUCCCCCAAGGUAUCCCCCACACAUCCGCCGCCCACCUUCAUGUCCUUGACCCACUGAGUCUGGUCAAUACACCUGCUGGAACAUUGACUUAUCCUGUUGGCUUGAUCUGGUGCAGUCUUGUGACGGUAACCACAGUUGCAGCGGGUUCAUGAGGGCGACAUCCAUGUCAUGGCCGGAGAAGAUGUUCCCAGGAGUCUGGUUGUGCUGGGCCUCCCUCCUGCUCCUGACCAGGCCCACCCAGCCUUGCCCUGUGGGCUGUGACUGCUUUGACAGAGAGGUAUUCUGCUCGGAUGAGCAGCUGGCCACCAUUCCACCGGACAUCCCCUCACACGUCACAAACAUCGUCUUCAUGGAGACCGCCUUCACCACAGUGGGGACCAGGGCUUUCAACAGUAGCCGCAACCUGACCAAGGUGGUGUUCCUCAACACUCAGGUCCGUCACCUGGAGCCCGAUGCCUUUGGGGGACUGCCCAGCCUGGUGGACCUGGAGGUGACAGGCAGCCCCUUCUUCAAUCUCAGUGCCAAUAUCUUUUCUAACCUGAGCUCGCUGGAGAAGCUCACCUUGGACUUCGACAGGCUGGUGGCUCUGCCUGAGGACCUCUUUCACCACAUGGACAACCUGGAGUCGCUUCAGCUUCAGGGAAACCAGCUUCAGACUCUGCCUGGGAGACUGUUUCAGCCCCUGAUAUACCUGAGAACCCUCAACCUGGAGCAGAACCUUUUGAGCAAGCUCCCGAAGGGGCUGUUCCAGUCACUCAGCAACCUGCAGACACUGAAACUGAGUAACAACAUGCUUUCCAGCCUCCCCGAGGGCUUGCUGGGCAAUCUGGGCAGCCUGCAGGAACUCUUUCUGGACAGCAACGGCAUCACGGAGCUGUCUCCACAGGCGUUCUCCCAGCUCCUCCGCCUGGAGAACCUGUGGCUGCAGCACAAUGGCAUCCGACGCUUGCCGGCCUCCGUCUUCUCCUCCCUCCGCAACCUGACCUAUCUCAACCUGCAGGGCAACGCGCUGCGGGCUCUGCCUCCCACCCUCUUCACCCACAACCCAGGGCUGCUCCACCUGUCUCUGUCCCACAACCAGCUGGAGGCCAUCGCCGAGGGCACCUUCGCCAACCUGUCCCGCCUUGUUUCCCUCACGCUUGCGCACAACGCCAUCACACACCUUCCCGAGGAUGUCUUCAGGGACCUCGAGCACUUGGUCAGUCUCUUUUUGAACAACAACAACUUGACGGCCUUGCACCCGGCCCUCUUUCAGAACCUGUCCAGGCUUGAGCAGCUCAACUUGUCGAAGAACCAGCUGACCAUGCUCCCUGGGGGCAUCUUUGACACUAACUAUGACCUCUUCAACCUGGCCUUGUCCGGCAACCCCUGGCAGUGUGACUGCCACUUGACCUACCUCACGAGCUGGCUCCGCCUCUACAGCGACCGGAUCCUCAACACCCGUACCUACUGCGCAGGCCCAGCCUACCUUAAGGACCAGCUGGUGCCCAGCUUGAAGAAGGAGCAGCUGGUGUGCCCUGUCACCCCGGGCCACUUGGGCUUCCUGGCCCUGGGGCUGGAUGACAGGGAGCCAGUGGGCAGUUGGGAUCUGUCAGUGGAGGGGAGGGCAGCCCGCAGCCAGUGCAUUUAUAGCAACCCUGAGGGCACUGUGGUCCUCGCCUGUGAGGAGGCCCAGUGUCGCAGGAUGAGCAUCCAGCUGUCUUCCAGACAGGGCUCGGACACCCCGGCAAUGGCUUACAAUUCCAGUCAGGAGUGGGAGUUAAAGUCAAGCUGUGGUUCCAUGAGGGUCGUUGUGUCUAUUGAGGCUCAAGCUGCUGGGCCCUAAGUGCAGCAAAUAGAUCCAGAAGCCUCAACAAGUGACUUCUGGAGGCAGCGGGAGCUGAAUGUCUGAAGCUAAUGUAAGGGACAGGGCUGCAUCUCCAGGGUAGGGAGGAGCGAGGCCUGCUUCACCCAGUGUCUCUUCAUCUUUCCUCACUGUGCCUUCUUGGAGCCUGUGGCCUAACAGGGUCAUCCUCAAUCCCACUUUGGAAACCACACCAAGGCCUAGAGCAGUGGUUCUCAACCUUCCUGACUCCGUGACCCUUUAAUACAGUUCCUCACAGUGUGGUGACCCCAAACCAUAAAAUAAUUUUCAUUGCUACUUC